UUUACCUGCUGCUUUUUGACUUUUUUCUUCAUUCUCCCAUUCACAACUCUCUUAUAUCCUCAUCCUCUCGCUUUAUUCUUCUGGUAUAUAGUAAUACUUCAUCCUUUUCUCCGCCUGUUCUGCGCAAGCCUGAGAUCAACUACCCUACCACAUCAUCCACCAUGCCUCGUGCCCAGCCCUCGUCUUCGCGCGGUCCUUCCCGUCUCAAGGCAACUCCUGUAGAGGACAUGCACGAUGUUCUCUGCAUCGGUUUCGGCCCGGCCUCUCUGGCAAUUGGUAUUGCCCUUCACGAUUCCUUGGACCCCGCUCUCGCAAAGCCUGGUACCAACACCAACUUCCAGCCCAAGGUUUGCUUCCUUGAGCGACAGAAGCGAUUUGCCUGGCACUCGGGCAUGCUGGUUCCCGGCUCCCGCAUGCAGAUUUCAUUCAUCAAGGACUUGGCAACCCUCCGUGACCCUCGCAGCAGCUUCACCUUCCUCAACUACCUCCACCAGAAAGAGCGCUUGAUUGACUUCACCAACUUGGGAACUUUCCUCCCGGCCCGGAUGGAGUUCGAAGACUACAUGCGGUGGUGUGCUGAGAGAUUCUCGGAUGUGGUGGCUUACGGACAGGAGGUGGUGGAGGUGAUUCCUGGCAAGUCGGACCCCACUAGCUCCGCGGUGGACUACUUCACUGUUCUCUCGCGCGAUGUUGAGACGGGCGAGAUUACUUCGAGAAACGCCCGCAAGGUCGUCAUUGCCAUUGGUGGCAAGGCCAAGAUGCCCCCCGGUCUUCCCCAGGACCCCCGCAUCAUGCAUUCCUCCAAGUACUGCACCACCCUUCCUGCCAUGCUGAAGAAUGAAUCCAACCCCUACAACAUUGCCGUCCUGGGAAGUGGUCAAAGUGCCGCUGAGAUCUACCACGACCUUCAGAAGCGCUAUCCCAAUGCGCGUACGACUUUGAUCAUGAGAGAUACGGCUAUGCGUCCUAGUGAUGAUUCGCCAUUUGUCAACGAAGUCUUCAACCCUGAACGUGUCGAAACCUUCUACAACAAGUCUCCUGAGGAGCGUCAGCGUUCCCUCGCCGCCGACAAGGCAACCAACUAUAGCGUUGUCCGUCUCGAAUUGAUUGAGCAGAUUUACAACGACUUGUACCUCCAGCGCGUCAAGAAUCCCGACGAGACCCAAUGGCAACACCGGAUUCUUCCUUCUCGCAAGAUAACUCGUGUUGAGCACCACGGCCCUGAGAACCGGAUGCGCCUCCAUGUCCGGUCCUCCAAGGACACCGCCGCUCCCUCGGAAGGCAAGGAGACUUUGGAAGUUGACGCCCUCAUGGUGGCGACUGGCUACCAGCGCGAUGCACAUGAGGACAUUCUACGCAAUGUCCAGCACCUGCGGCCCGCGAACUUGGAGCAAUGGAUCCCCAGCCGGGACUACCGGGUUCAGAUGGACCCCAGAAAGGUCAGCGCACGGGCUGGUGUGUGGCUUCAGGGCUGCAAUGAGAAGACCCACGGUCUGAGUGACAGCUUGCUGUCUGUCCUGGCGGCACGUGGUGGCGAAAUGGUGCAAUCGCUCUUUGGCGAGCAACUGGCGGGCAAGGAGGUGCAGGACACCACCACAAUUCGUGCCAUGCUGUAAUUGAAGAAAAGAAGGGUACCAAUCGGGUCUUGGGUCUGUGACCUGGCCCGUUCUAAAAGAAGUCGUUUUGGUAAAAUCUGCGCUGU